AUGACCGCUGAGCUCAACGUGUUCGUGGCGCUGCGCAUCCUCCCGGGCUUCUUCACCAGCUGCCUCUUCCUGGGGCUGCGCGACGCGCUGGCCCUCCUGGCUCGCUCCACGAGGGCCCUCUUCGCGCGCCACGUCCCCGCCUCGUGCUGCCCGUGCUCGCCGGACGCGUGCCGCCGCGUGCUCACCCGCGCCGGCAUGCGCGCCGUCUGGCGCAGCUUCUUGCUGGACGCGCGGCGGGAGGCCCAGCGAGCCGGCGACCCGGCGUCGAACCCGCGCGUCGCGCUUCUUGCCGACGCGCGGUCGUCUUCCCCGGCCGCAGCCACCGCCGCCGCCGAGAUCCCGUGCCGCUUGCAAGAGCUGUCGAGAGAGGGGCGGCCGCUCGUGAUCAACAUGGGCUCUGCGAGCUGACCGCCUUUCGUCGGGCGGCUGCCCGAGUUUCGUCGCAUGGUGGACGACUUCUCGCACGCUGCCGAUUUCCUGCUCGUGUACGUGGAAGAGGCUCACCCGUCCGAUGGCUGGGCCGUGCCCGGCGCACUGCAGGUGCGAACUCACCGCGACAUGAGCGAGCGGGCAGCCGCCGCCCGUGACCUGGCGCGCCGCUACCCUCUGGGCGCCUGCCGCCUCGCCGCCGACUCCAUGGCCGGGGAGGCAAACGCGGCGUUCGGCGCCUCGUUCGGCCGAGCGUGCGUCCUCAAGGAGGGCCGCGUGGCCUACCUGAGUGGGAAGGGCCCGUUCCUGUACAGCAUGCCGGAGCUGAGGCACUGGCUGUGCAGCAAGAUGGCACGGGGCGUCUCUUGA